GUAGAGUAGCCACUCCAUCGAGGGGGCGAUCGUGGCCGUUGGAUGUCCCCAUCCGACGGCAAUGCCGGUGUCUUUGUGCUGUCGUUUUCGAAUGGACGGGCGGAGACCGGAAGGAGCCGUCGCCCGUCGGCCGGCGGAGACUCACAAGCGUGGCCGCCGGUCGCGCCACCGGCUAUAUCCCUAACGAAAAUAUUCGCGUGUAUAUUCCUCUCCCGGAAAAAAUAUUUUGCUCCAAACCUAAGUCUGCGAUUAGAGGACGAGCGCCGACGCGCAGCCCAGCGCCGCGAUGAUCAUCGCCAGGUAUCGUCUAGCUCGAGCGCCUUGGAUCUCCAGGCGCCACUGCCUCCCGCUGCUUGCAUUCUCCUAGGGUAGAGUCUCUCGAGCUAUGGCGCCGUCCGGCAAGGCCCGCCAUCGCUCGCACCGCCACAGAAGGGACGCGGAAGAGGAGCUGGAAGAGGAGCAGGAGGGAGAGGAAGACGAUUCUGUGGGCUCGGGUACUGUAGCGAGAAGGAAAUCUAGUAGCAGCAAGCGCAGGGACAGUGGCGAGAAGGAGAAAGAGAGGGACGAGGCCAAGCGUGGCCACAGUUCUCACAAGAGGAAGCAUAGCUCUGAUGUGGCUGCUGCUCAACACUCGAGCCAUUCUACCAAGAAGACGAGGUCUGGUGAGAAUGAAGGGGUUGUGGUAAGUGCUCCUGAGAAAGUUCUGGUGUCCUGCGAGAAAAAGGACCGUAAGUCUGAUCAUGGUCGAAGUAGCGAUUCUGGGCCUCGGCACAAAAAGUCCAAGGAGAAAAAGCAUAGCGUGGCUGACAGAGAUGGAGACAGGAAUUUCACGGACUUGGAGAGUGAUAGAUACUGUUACAACGCCGAGGACGAAGAACGCCAUUACUGUCGAGAUCAUAGGGACGAACCGGAGAGAGACAGAGAACGCGAUGGUGACGACCGGAAAGACAGAGAUAGAGGUGCAAAGCAUCGAGAACACAAGGAUGAGCGGUCUAAGAGAAGCCACAGUGACGUUAAACACACAGACCCUGACCAAAGCAAAGACAGUCGAAAGAAGUCCAGGGACAAUGAAGAUCAAACGAGGCCAUCCAAGGAAGAGGAUGGCCAUCACAAAGAAUCUAAACACAGAAGUCGUGACGAUGAUCAAGAACGUAGAAGCAACAGGGAGCGAAACCACGAGGUCAAGUCCAGCAAGGAUGAGAGGUCUCACCGAGCGCACGAAGAAGAACGAAGAGUAAACGGUCGAGAGCGACAUGAAGUGAAGCAGGACAAAGAUAAGUUGAAGCCGAGGAGCGAUGGCGAGAGAGAACGCAAGGACAGGGAUGGCGAGAGAGAACGCAAGGACAGGAAUGGCGAGAGAGAACGCAAGGACAGGGAUGGCGAGAGAGAACGCAAGGACAGGGAUGGCGAGAGAGAACGCAAGGACACUCAGAGUGAACGCAGCAGAGUAUUGUCAAGAGAAGAGAGCAGGACCAAGGAUAGCGAACGGAGGUCGCCAGGAGAUGAUUAUAGUUCGCGAAAGGACAAGCGUAAGCAUGACUCAGAUUAUAGAGAACGCAGCCGCAGCAGAGAUCGUUCUAAUGAAGACGACUAUAGGAGGCGGCAAAGAUACUACAAGUAUGAGCGCGACGAGCGUUCUCAUCAUUACAGGGAUUACAGAGACGAGGACUACAAGCGUUCCUCAGAUGAGAGGUCUCGCAGGGGGCCUUCGUCCUCGGGUCGUCCUGACGAUUAUUCAAGGCGAGGUGGUUCCUAUCGAAGAAGAGAUGGCGCGGAGGAGCCUUGGAACUGGAAAAACGGUUUUUUUCCGCCGUUUGCACCCCAUUAUGGUGUCGGCGGAUUUUUGGAGCAUUUUCCAGCUUCGAUCUAUGGCUCGAGAGGAUCGAUCUAUUCUCAUCCUAGUAGAUUCAUGCGAGAUCCGGCAAGUUUCGUUCGAGAAGAUGGAUAUUCACACCCCUGGUACAAUGCUGCUACUAUGGAGCACUUUCGAGAACCCAAGGAUCAAGCUCCUCUGGACGAGCACGCUUCGCAGGCAUCUCCGGAAAACAAGUAUGAAGAGCCAACUGGUGGCAAGAGCUUUUCCUUGAAAGACGCAAGAUUCACCGAAGAUAUGCGGCAAAUUAUGUCCAGACUGAGCGUCUCGAAGGAGCUCGCGGGGCCUGAAGCUUACGAGGAGUACAUGAAGUUUAUGACGGACGAGAAAAUUGAAGCUCCAGAUGUGGAGCUAGAAGCUGAUGAACCUGCUAUGGCCUCAGACUUGGACGAUGAUUUUGUUUUAGAGGCUGAUCCCGAAGGAGAGGAUUUGCUCCGAGAAGUUGAUGGCCAUGGUUUAUCCGAGCCUCCUUUUCUCUCAAGUCCGUUUGAGGACGCUCUCAAGCUUUACAGGAAACCCCAAGAGGAAAAUCGAUUGCGGAAGUCCCUGGUGGGAUCGUUUUUACUUCCGCUCGAAUGUGUUUCUCUAUUACAAUCCGAAGAAGAGGCCCAUCCAAGCCGCGAUUUUGCAGAAACCGCGAAGCGAGAGGAAAGUGGUGUAGAAUAUGGCACAGGAGACGACCCGAGUGUGGUAGACGGUAGACACACUCGAGGAGAGACUGCCGCAUCACAAGAAGCUGGUGAAGCGUUAAAGGUGGUGACAGAUAUUAAUGGUGGUGGGGAUUUUUCUUGGGAGAAGAAGACAAACGAUAUAGUUAUAGGCCUAGAGGUAGCGGACGACGACAGGAAGAACGUAACUAACACAGAGGAAAGAGGAAGGGACAAUCCAGGCUCAGACGAUCGUCAUCUCGACUAUAACGUCAUAACGAGCAGUGGCAGCGACGGAGAUGAAGAUGGAGUACAGGGCGACGUGGGGGAAGAUGCCGAGACUUUACAGAAAGUUUCCGAAGCGCACGAGGAGGACUUGCGUCGACAAAUCGAACAAGAAGCUACAGGCGUGGUCUCUGAGGUGGAAGAAACUUUGGCAAAAGCCGAGGAUGACUGGACAGAAGGAAAAGAUACGACGCCACUGGAAGCCGUGGAGCAAUUGGAAGGUAGAACCAAUUCUUGCCAACUUGACGGAGUUCUGGAGUCUCUGGAACACAGGAAAUGUGAAGUCGAAGCGACAGAAGUGAUCGCGAGGCUAGAACUGGAAGCUAGAGACCAGGCUUUGGAGCCUGUGGAAGACUUGGAAGCGAAAGAGUCGACUGUGGAGCCUCGCGAGAACAGGAUAGAACUGCAAGCUGGCGACGAGGCUUUGGAAGCGAAAGAGUCGACCGUGGGGCCUCGCGAGAACAGGAUAGAACUGCAAGCUGGCGACGAGGCUUUGGAAGCGAAAGAGUCGACCGUGGAGCCUCGCGAGAACAGGAUAGAACUGGAAGCUAGAGACGAGGCUGUGGAAGACUUGGAAGCGAAAGAGUCAACGGUGGAGCCUCGCGAGAACAGGAUAGAACUGGCCGAGGCUUUGGAACCUGUGGAAGACUUGGAAGCGGAAGAGUCGGCGAUGGAGCCUCGCGAGAAACUGGAAGCUAGAGACGAGGCCUUGGAACUUGUGGAAGACUUGGAAGCGAAAGUGUCGACGGUGGAGCCUCGCGAGAACAGGAUAGAACUGAAAGCUAGAGACGAACAAUCCGGUGUUAAAGAAGUCACCGCUCACGAGCACAGGGAUGAAGUGGAAGACAGCGGCAAAACUCUGCCAGAGGCCGAGGAUAUCUCCAGAGAAGAUCUGGAGACGCGUGAAGCAUCACCUCGUACCGGAGAUGCGGGAGAGAAUCCCGAGACGCCGAAAGGUAUGUCUAGUCCUCCUCAGGAUGAGCGUAAGCAUCUUGGGGACUAGAGCCGAGCUCUUCCGCUUCUCUCUUUUUCUUUCUUUUUUCUUCUCGUCUCCUUCAUUGAGAUGGAUUUUUUUUUCUUUCUCUCAUCUGAUGGUUCGUUCCAUGGUGUUUUUUCUCCAGCUUCUCCAAUUCCUGGAAGGCUAAAAGUGAGGCUACCACUGCCAGUAAAAGAGAGUUUCUCUGUUUCUCC